AGACGUUCUACGCACCUUUGUUCGAUUAGAUCUGAUCAGAGCCGUAUUUAGAGGACUAUGGAUCUGAUCAUUUCUUCGGCCUCCCAGACCCGUGUUGCGCCGAUUCAAUAAAAUCGACACCCACUUUCCGUUUUACGCGUACGUUAGCGUAAACUCUUAGCAUAUUCAUGUCUAGUGCAAACCUGCAUACGGCUUUUAUUACCCUUCAAGAGGAGUACAGUGCGCACACAUCUGUUAGGCCUAUAUUGGGUUUGCAUCCACGAGACGAUGAGCGACGUUGCAAACUGUGGGCCUAUGACUCAUGUCGGGCACAAAUGCCCAUCCACAUCCGAAGCAGCAUCGAUAGGGUCAGUCUGGAAGAAGCUGACGGGUCGCAAGCUCUGGUAUCUCUUACGCGGCCGUUCGAGCCGCGGACGAGCUCGUCUCGAAUGCUACAAAGACAAAAAGUCUGCCGAUGAUGCAGGACAGUUGAGAGGCUGUGUGCCACUCACUGACGUGACCGGUGUCCGCUUACACGACAGUGACUCAAAAAAAUUGGUGGUCGAAUGGCCGGAUAUCGUUCAUACAUUCAAAUGUUCGUCGUCCGCAGACGCACAAGAGUGGGUGGAAGCACUGACAAAGUUGCUUGCUGAUCAAUUGCCGAGAUCGAGGUCGAGAGUUUGGCCUGAACAGGAUAUGUCAAGGCCGGGCAUAGGGCAGAAUGAGGACACACCGAGAGUGGAGGAUAAACACGCAAGUUUCACUGUGACUGUUAAUAAGCAUUUUCCUAAUCUGCAUUUCUCUGGAAAGUGUGAGCUAGUCAUUACGCUGUGGGACAUCCAGUUGAAAGAUCCUAAGACCAAGAGGUCAGUCUACGUGUGGCCUCUUCACUUGAUACGACAAUACGGAAAUGGUUCAGACCAUUUUUGGUUAGAGGCAGGAAGACGUUGUAACACAGGAGAAGGGAUUUUUCGAUUCAAAACCACAAAUAAUGAUGGUCUUGCAAUAUAUCGUGUUGUCCAUGCCAAUUCAGAAACUCGAGCAAAAUUAAAUUCUUCAUCAGCUCUGCCGAGACCUCCGUCUCCACCUGCGCUUCCAACCACAAUUGAAAAUGUUUAUGACUGUAUAGAUGAGAGUGCAAUGACACCAACGAACAGGAAGGAUUCUUAUUGUGGAUCUGAAUAUACCGAUUUGCUUCCAGUAACUGCUGAACCAUCAUCACCUAAAUCAAUGACAUACAUGACGAGCCAGUCAGCUAAAUCUUAUGAUCAGGUAUCUCUGAGGGACUACACAACACUGAUAAUGGAUGAAACAAGCAAAAGUGCCUCUGUAGAUCAGCAGCAAUAUAUGCAACUGGAACAUGCUUGAUAUGUAGAUUUUCAGUAGCAGUUUAAUAACUUUGUGAUAUUUUAGAUUAAAUAAAGCAAUUAAUUCAACAAAUCAUA